GUCUUCCCAUCUCUUCAUCAGCAACCUGAAAAAAAAGAACAGCAUCAUGGGAACUCGUGUAUAUCUUGGUCAUCUCUCCAGAGAUGCAUCUGAUCGUGAUGUAGAGAGUCUGUUUAAGAAUUACGGCAGACUCCGAGAAGUUACUCUCAAGAAUGGAUUCGGCUUUGUUGAGUUCAGUGAUCCUCGAGAUGCUAAGGAUGCUGUCUACGACAUUCAUGGCAAGGAUUUUAUGGGUGAGCGACUUGUUGUCGAGCUUGCUCGCGGUGACAGACGGGAUCGUCGUGAUGAUAGAGAUGAUCGCAGAUUCCGCCCCCCAGAGAGAACCGAACAUCGCUUGAUUGUCGAAAAUUUGGCCCAUGGUGUCAGCUGGCAGGAUAUCAAAGAUUUGAUGCGUAGAGCCGGCGAAGUCACAUUUGCUGAUAUUAGCAAGGAUAAUGACAGCCAAGGUGUUGUCGAGUUCUCUUCUGCAGAAGAUGUUCAAAACGCCAUCAAAACCUUGAAUGGCGAGGACCUAAGAGGCAACCCUGUUUCUCUCCGUGAGUUCGAUCCUUCACGCGACACUGCCCCUCGUGACAUGGGCCGUGGUGGACGCGACAGAGAUCGUGGCCGUGAGUUUGGUCGUGAUCGAGACCGCCGCCGCUCCCGCUCUCGCAGUAGAGACCGUCACGACCGCUACCGCCGCAACUCCCGUUCUCGUAGUAGAGAUCGUCGCGACAGAGAUCGCCGUCGCUCUCGUUCACGUAGCCCUCGCCGCCGUGACAGUAGCAGAGACCGUCGCUCUGGCCGUAGUAGUCGUCGCUCGCGUAGCCCCGCUCCCCGUGACCGCAGCCCUGCCCCAAGAGAUCGUAGCCCUGUCAGAGAGCGUACACCCUCCCGCGAUCGCUCUGGUAGCCCUGCUCCUCGCAGGGAACGCUCUCGCAGUGGCAGCCGCGACUAGACAUUCAUAAUUGACACCUUAUUUUUGCCCUUUUUGUUCUCCUAUUCUUCGUCCAUUAUAUUCAUCGAUGCAUGGCAGCGGAAUGAAGUGAAAUAGCGCCAUCAAAUUUAAUAUGUCUCAAACCACAAUGAAAUAAAAUACUCAAUAUCGCAAUUGAGACAUGAAGACCUAUUGCC